CUCCUGAGAAAAAAACCAGAGGCCGUCGCACUCUCGCCACAUGGAGACUCUCUCGAUUCCCGCCGCUUCUUGGUUUUCCGGCGGCAACGUUCCUCCGUCGCACUCGAAACUUUCUCCGCUGUGUCACCUUCGGAAACUACCGAACAGGAAUUUCGCACGUUUGUCCGCCAUUAACGCCGCUUCUCGUUCUGUGAGUGAGCUAGUGGAGGAGGAUGUGUUGCAAAUGUUCUUGAAAGACAGAGAAGAAAAUGGAGAUUUCAUUUCUAAGGUUUCUGAUAGGCUCUGGUUAAGAGACAUUCUCGAAUCUAUUGAUCUUAGUUCUACUUCUAAUGGAGCUGCCUCUUCAACUGUUGGACUAGAUACUCAGGAAAGUUCAAUUGAUGGCGUAGAUGAGGAAGAUGAAAGUGGUUUCUUGAAACUGAAACCAACCCAAGAAUGGAUUGGUUGGGAAAGUGAUUCCGCCCCGAUAAACAAGAAAGCUCUAGCUAAGGCACUACAGGAUGAUAGCGAGAGAAGGAAGAAAUUUAACAUUCUGAAAUAUGAAGCUCUGAAACGGGAACUGAUGUAUCUGUCAAUUGUAAUUGGAACCGGGUGCAGCGGAUAUUGCUUACUAGCUCUAUCAGCCCAGGCUGCUGUCAGUUAUGCAGUUGGAGUUCUUUUCAGUUGCUUGUACCUUCAGCUUUUGUAUGGAUACGCUGAUGGUGUUUCACGUGAAGUAGUGCCUGAUAUCUUCCUGAAGAGAAAGUCUAAAAAAAUCGGGAUUAGAAGUGAAGAUCUUGAGGACUUUGUAGAGAGGACCAUCAGGGGCAGCGGCAUGGCUCUCUCUUCUCCACGCCUGGUGAUUCCAGCUGCAAUUUAUGGUUUGUGGGUACUCUCACACAAGUAUUUCCAGAAUGACUUGUUCGACUUUCAGAUAGUUCCAGCCAUGGUUGGUUUGUUUGUAUACAAAGCCGCAGCUCUAGUUCAAGUGUACAGAGACAACCAAGAUCUUCAGUUCAUCUUCCCAGAUGACUACUAACUACAAAGUUCAAAAGUAUAAACAGACCUUCAGAGAUAGACCAGGGAACCGCGGAUCUGUGAAUUGUUCUGUACAUAUUUUCAGAACAGAAGCUGAACUCAUCUGAUAAUUCUGAGGAUGUAGUGAGGAUUGUGGUGAGAUAUAUAAAUCAAAACAGCGUUGUUUGGCUUUUCUUUAAGACAACCUUGUAUUUUUGUUUUCUCCUUAAUAAAAAUCGCUUGUUUCUUUACUCUG